AUGUCCGACGACAAGUCCACGAAAUCCCCAGACUCUACCAAUAACCCCUCCGCUUCUCAACCCCGCCAACAGGAAGACUUCAUCGCCUCCGUUCGCCGAUUCGCCGACGAGCACAUCUCCGCCGCCUUACACUCUGUAUUCGGCAUCCCGAGCAUUCUACAAACACCCCAGAGUUCGAAUUGGAUCAGAGAAGAAACGGAACGAAAUAAGUUCGAGAAUAUGAACCGGCGAGAAGGUGGUAAUGGAGGAGACGAGCCGAGGACUAGCAGCGAUCGCGACGGUGGUGAUGGGAAAAAUAAUGGGGGAGGAAGCAGUGGAUCCGGCGUAUCUGGAUUUGGAGGUGGUUCCGGUGGUUCCGGACAGAAUCCCUCCUCGCCUUCAUCAUCCGACACUUCUUCGAACAAGGACCGUGAUGACGAAAUCAUUCUCACAAUCACUCUCCCAAAUAUACCAAUGCCGCCAGAGGUAUUGCUCCCAGAACCCUUGUUUAACAUAGGGUUACGAGCUAUCGACUUAUUAGAUCGUAACCUUAGUGGCCAUAUUUCACAGCUUGAAAAGCUUAUCGACGAGGAAAUGGAUCGGCAAAAGGAAAUUUCGACGGCUAAACAACGGACGGAUUAUGGUAUUUUCCAAAACGACUUUGAAAGAUUACUUGAUAUGGAAGCUAGGGUGAAAGAAGCAAGGGCUUCGAGAUUGAGGGAUGGGGUAGCCCCGGAAGCAGUGAUAGUCAAAGGAACUCAGAUCAACGGCGGGGAACCAAAAUUUUCGGUCACACGACAGACGGGUCAACAACAGUCAUCGAUUUUGAAAGAAUUAUUCGGCGAAGAUAUGUACGGAGCACAACGAAAGCACCCUUUAUUUACAAGUUUUUUUGACGAGUUUCUUCCUGAUGGGCGCUACAAUGAACGGGAACAACCACCUCCGGAAGUCGUUGGCGGCUGGAAGACAACUACUCAAUCGACUAUAGCCCCAAUUUUCCCUCUACAAGAAAAUCCUUUGGGGCAAAUUUUUAAGAUGAUGAUGGCUCCUUGGAUUCAGAAGAUAUACGAAAGCUCGGACUCGAGUCGGUUCGACGUUAAAGGGAAGGUCAUGAACAGGGUAAAAAACGAUAUUUGGAACGACAAGCGGGAAGAUAACCCUUCGUUUGAGGAAUUUCAAAAGUUAAUGCAUGAGGAAAGAAAUAAGGCGGCCAAAGAGCGCAUGCAACAGUUGGCGGAGAAGCGACAAGAGCUAGACAAGAUGAUCAAAGAAAAUAUGGACCAGGAAGGUAAUCCACCAUUUGAGGAAUUUCAAAAGUUGAUACAUGAGGAGAGAAACAAAGCGGCCCUUCGUAUGCAACAAUUGGUAGAGAAACAACAAGAUCUAGACAAGAUUGUCAAGGAGAAGAGGGAACGAGAAGGCGAUCCUUCGUUUGAGGAAUUCCAAAAGUUGAUGCACGAAGAAAGAAAGAAAGUUUCAAAGCGCAUGCAACAAUUGGUAGAGAAACGACAGGAUCUAGACGAAAUCAUCAAGGAGAAUACGGAGCGAGAAGGCACUGUGGACAAACUAUUGGAGGGUGUGCGCUUCCCUAACUCCAAUUCAACAGAGAAAACGGAAGAGGAGCGAGAGCCAAAGACAGAGUUGGAGUUACAUGACUUUUUUGCAGGAUUGACGAGCAAGGACAAGCCAAGCACGGAUAACAGAGUGUUGAUUUCAGAGUCAAUGUCCACAACUGCAAGGACGGAAGCAGAUGGUAUCACGAGGUUGAAGAAAGUCCGUGAGAGAAGAUAUUCAGACGGGACAUUAGAGAGGGAAGAGUACACCGAGGAAAAUGCAGCGGGACUUAGUUCUCUGCUGGGGACCAUCCGUCGUUUCGAUCCUCCAAGCCGCCGAAAUGGAAACAGCGAUAAUCAUCCUGUUAUUCGCGCAAUUGAAGAGCACAAGAAACAAAGCGAGGCCCACCCAGCCGAGACUAAGGUUUCUCCCGCUGUUGCCCCAGAGAGCAAGGAUGACGACGAUACUAAGAACGGCGGUUGGGGCAGUUGGCUGUGGGCUUCUGGUAAGAAGAAGGAUUGA